AGGCGGGGAGCCGGAGAUCGCGGGGCGUCCGGACCUCGCAGGAGGCAGCAGACUCGGGCGCGCCGGACGCCCGGAGUUGCGCCCCGAGGCGGUUGCUCGCAGGUCCCCCGAGGGAGGCCAGGAUGGGAAGCUGGAGGGUCCUGGCGUAUCUCUUGCUGCCCGCCUGGGCCGGAAUAGAGCCGGGGGUGCUGGGCUCCCCGCCCAAGGGGAAGGCGCCCCCAGAGCGCCUCCAGCACCGCCUGCAACACGGAUCCUGCACCUAUACGUUCCUGCUGCCGGAGGUGGGCGGCUGCGACCCUCUCGCUGCCCCUGCCGCCCCCGCCGCCGCCCCGUACCAAGUGUCCAACUCGCUCCAGAGGGAUGCGCCGUCCAUCGCCGAAGCCCAGUGGCCGGUCCAGCGACUGCAGCAGCUGGAGACCGUCCUGCAGAACAACACCCAGUGGUUGCACAAGCUGGAGAGUUACAUCCAGGGGAACGUGAGGAUGGAGAUGUCAGACAGCCAUCUCAGUUCCGUACAGGACCACACGGCAGCCAUGUUGGAAAUUGGGACCAACCUCCUGAACCAAACUGCCGAGCAGACCCGGAAGCUCACGGAUGUAGAGAUACAGGUUCUCAACCAAACUUCACGUCUGGAAAUCCAAGUAUUGGAAAAUUCCCUGUCUACCAACAAGCUUGAGAAACAGCUGCUUCUACAAACCCACGAGAUCAGCAGACUCCAGGAGAAAAACAGCUUCCUAGAGAAGAAAGUCCUGGCUAUAGAAGACAAGCGUGAGGAGGAGCUGCAGGGCCUGAGGUCUGAGAAGAUGGAAAUGCAAAAACUUCUCUCCGAGCAGGUGGAUCUGGUUGGGCAUCUGGAGCAACGCCUGGGUGCUGCCUUGCUCAACAACACAGCCCUCCAGAAACAACAGACAUCUUUGGCAGAGACAGUGAAGCAUCUGAUAGGGGUGGUGUCCCAGUGCAAUCACAUUUCUUUCACCCUGCCAGAUGAGCAGAAGGUCUUCAAGGACUGUGCGGCUGCGUACAAAUUGGGGUUCUCAACCAGCGGAGUCUACACCCUUCGGCUUCCCAAUACUACGGCCACUGUGAAAGUGCUCUGUGACAUGGAGACCAAUGGAGGAGGCUGGACUGUUAUCCAACACCGGAAAGAUGGUUCUGUGGAUUUCCAACGCACCUGGAAGGAAUAUAAACAGGGCUUUGGGUCCCCACCUGGAGAGUACUGGCUGGGCAACGAUGCCAUCCACUUGCUCACCACAGAGAACCGCUAUUCCCUCCGGAUCAAGCUCCAAGACUGGGAAAACAAUGAGGCUUAUUCUGCCUUCGAGCACUUCCAAGUAGGCUCUGAGGAGCAGAAUUACCGACUUUAUGCAAGGAGAUACAGUGGCACGGCUGGACGUACCAGCAGCCUCAGUCCCUUGGGAACCGAUUUCAGCACCAAGGAUGCUGACAACGACGGAUGUGCGUGCAAGUGUGCCCAGAUGGCAGGUGGAGGCUGGUGGUUUGAUGCUUGUGGACCUUCUAACCUGAAUGGCAUCUACUACCCUCCCAAUCCCGCCACAAUCAGAUACAAUGGCAUGAAAUGGCACUACUGGAAAGGGCCCAGCCAUAGCCUCAAGGUGAGCACCAUGAUGAUCCGCCCAGUGGAUUUCAAAGAGGAGCAAGGGGAGGCGCUGUGAGUGGUCAGACGGCAGAGGAGAGGAGACCCCCUCCAGAAGGCUCAGCCUGUGGUCCUCUCCAGGCCUGCACAAGUUUGGUGGAAGACUGCAAGUCCUAGCAUCUGGAUCUAAAUCUCCCCUGGAUAGAUUUUUUUUUAAUCUGCAUGGCUCACAGUCCGUUAUGGAAGGUUCACCCAACAUCUGGACAGUGUUGCCUUUUGUUGCUUUAAUGGGGAAAAACACAAUUAGACCACGGGGGAGUCAAAUGCACAUCGCUAAAGGCGUGGAUGGUUUUUAUUCUAUUUCUGCAGAUCCAGGGCAGGAGAUGGCCCUGCCAUUUGUAUAUAGCAUUUGUUCCAAAAGAUGGCGGUGUGAUUUUAAGAGUCCCUGGGGGAGUUCAGAAAUAGGGUUUGGGGGUUGAUGGGAAUUGCCUACCCUUGAUUUAGGCAGAAGGACCAAAACACAAAACUGUAACUCUCCAUUGAUGGGGAUGUUUGGGGGUGGGGGCUGAUGGCAACAUCGACAAUGGCAUUCCUUCUCCUCCCACCGUUCCUUCCACCGAACCCCCAAAGUGUGACGCAUGUGCACUAGGAUCUCAUGCAAUUGUACCUUUUAGCACCAGAAUUCAGGAAUUCCAAGGAAUUGUAACUUGAUGAACAAAGAUACUGUGUGUGUUGUGUGUGUCUGUGUCUGUGCAGUGCAGGUCUUUCUGUUAGACCUGCAGGUCUGUGAUUCUCAGGGGAAACAGAUAUGCAAAUUAGUUACCAAUUUUACCAAUUAGUUACCAAUUUUCUAGCAAAUUAUAUCUGCACCAUUGCUCUCUUGGAGCAAUUGGCUGAGCUGAACUCAUGAAACCUCUUCUGAAAAGCCUAAUUCCAAGUAGCUGUUGUGUUCAUUGUUUUUUAAAAAAAUACUGGGAUUACAAUAUUACAAUUGAGGGACGAUAGAUCCUUGGGACUGUUUUAAAGUGCAAGAAUUUCAUAUACGGUAUUGUUCUUUUUGAAUUGUAAAAAAAAUAAAGGAUUGAAUAAAACA